AUGUCCUUAAAUUUUGUCCAACCGAAGAAUAUACUUGCCACAUUGAAAAGGAACGAACCCGACAACAUAUCAAAUAUAAGGCAAGUGUAUAAUCAACGGUACUGCAAUAAAAAGGCGAGUAGGGGAGAUAGGAGCGAGAUGCAACAUUUGUUGAAAAUGUUGGAUGAUAACAAAUACGUGGUGCUGUACAGAAAUUUCGAUGAUGAGGUUACGGUCCGAGAUAUUUUUUGGACUCAUCCGGAUUCCAUGAAGUUGUUCAACACUUUCUCGACAGUGCUCCUUCUCGAUUCUACCUACAAGCCCAACAAGUAUCAACUCCCAUCAUUCGAGAUGGUCGGUGUUACAUCCACCAAAAAGACAUUUGCCGUUGGUUUUGAUUUAUUGGAGUGUGAAAACGAGGAAAAUUUUAGGUGGGCCUUGGAGGUUAAACCCGCUGUGGGGACGAAACAAAUAGCAACCGAAGGUGGGAAAGUGGUGAAACCCGGAGUGAUUGUUGACCAAAUAAUGGAUGCAUGGGCUUGUAUUGCAAGUUCGUCGAUAAAAGAAUUGUUUGCCAAUGCCGUAUUGCAAUUUCAGAAAAUAUGUGAAAAAUAUCCUGAUUUAUUGAAAUACAUUGAAAGCACCGUUCUUGACAAAGUGAAGGAGAAGUUUGUUUGUGCGUGGAUUGAUAAGGUCCGACACCUUGGGAAUACAACCACCAAUAAAGUUGAAUCGACACAUUGGUUGUGUGAUAGCAAGGGUGAUUUGUGCAAGGCACGAGACACCAUAAAUCACAUGAUUUUGAACCAACACAACGAAAUACAAACCUCGCUCGGUCAGAGCAUUACGAUUUUGGAGCAUCGAUUUAAGAACAACAUCCUUUACUCUCAAUUGAUCGGCAAUGUGUUUCGGGCUGGAUUGAAUUAUAUCUUUUACGAGGCGAAACAAGGUGAAACAAUUGGUGGCAAUAGCGCAAAGUGUGGUUGCACUAUUACUAUCACGUAUGGUCUUCCGUGUGCUUGUGCUAUUGCUGAAAAAGUGAGAUUAGGUCAGCCAAUAACAAUGAAUGAAAUCAUUCCUCAUUGGAAGAAACUUACUUUUGAUGAUGAUGGUUGUGUCGAAGAAGAUUCAAAUAUCUCUAUAAUUUCUGAAUUAGAGGCGAUACAAGAGAGGUUUUCGAAGGCCGGUGACAACACGAAAUUAUACAUCAAAGAACAAUUGCGGAGGAUUGGAUUUCUCGAAACAGUCGACAUGAAACCGUUGUCUCAACCCGUUAAGACAAAGGGUGCUCCGAAGAAAGUGAAGUCUACGCCAAAUGACAAUCGACAACACAGUCUCCUUCAUAUUGUGAGCACGUUGACAAACGCUUUCCCGACUCACCUACUCCGAAAUCGCAAAAAUCUCAAAAGAGUGCAAACAAGGGAGCUCGCAUAA